AGCGGUUCUUUCCAUGAUUGUUAUACAUUACAUUGCAAUGCUAGUUCCACAGCAUGACGUCACCAUUGUUCUCAUGCUUAGUUCCAAAACGUACAUAUGUAAAUUGUAAUUUAUCGGGAAUAAUUCACAUGUUAAUAUAAGGCAACAUUCAAGUUUCCCAGGUUCAGUUUUUGCCCGUUUUGCUGGCUAAAACGCGUGCUUGGUUGAAAAACGUACCUACUUGGUUGGAGCCAAACACCUUUUGAAAAAAACUAGCAACUUGAAUAAUUGUGCCAACAAAAAUAAUUGAAAAUGGCAUCAGCGCAGCAAAGAGCUCUGCCACAGAGUAAAGAAGCACUACUGAAGUCCUACAACAAGAGGCUUAAAGAUGAUGUGAAGUCAAUGCUAGACAACUUUGUUGAGAUUAUCAAACUGGGAAAAGUGGAAGACGAGACUCAGGUUUCCCGAAUGACGCAGUCGGGCCAAGACAUGUUUGAAAUGCACGUCCGAGCGGCCAACAUUGUUCGAGCUGCCGAGUCGCUCACCAAGCUCAUAUCGGACAUCAAACAGUACCUGAUUCUCAACGACUUCCCAUCACUGAACGACGCCAUCACGGAGCACUCGCGGCAGUCGCUGGGCGCGCAGCAGGAGAUCGACAAGAAGCUGACCGAGCUCAAGGAUGACAUGGCGCGCGAUCUGUACGAGCUCGAGGACGAGUACUACUCGGGACUGUGCAAGUGAUGUUCGCUCGGUAGGUACAUACCGCGGCGGACGGGUGGGUCACGGGUGGCGCUGACCGGCUCCGCCAGGCGCGGCAGGUGCUGCUCGGAAGGUGGCGCUGUCUACGCUUGGCGAGAAAGGUGGGAUCAUCGGUCAGUGCGAAACCGGGGGACAAGUCUGCUGUGUUGUGCUGACCAUUUGUACACAUAAGAAUUCGUAUUGUCGUCACCAGUAUCACCAUCAUCAUCAUCGUACUGUGAGCGUAGGUUUUCAACAGACUGCUGUACUUGAAAGCAGGCCCGAGAGCGAGAGCUGUGCACCGUUCGCAGCGUCCUCAGAUCAGCAAUUCCCGACCACUGCGUCCUCAGAUCAGCAAUCCCCGACUACUGCGUCCUCAGAUCAGCAAUUCUCGACCACCGAGUGACUACUGCCUCCGUGACACCCGACGUCAUUCGGCCUCAGUGUCAGUUCGUGUCGCUGGACGAUCGGGCCCUGUGUUCCCCGAUAGCGACGCUGUCUGGCACGUCGCUCAGUUAUUGUCUCCUCGGUCCCUCCCCAUAAGCCCUUAGCCACACCCGGUAGAUGCACAGGUGAAUGGAACAGACAACGCCUGUUCCGCGGCAACUUAUGUGUUGCCCGAUGCACAUGCGUGGGACAAUAGGACCGGACGAGGAGGGCUUAUGAACUGUGUUCAUCACGGACGUAUGUUGUGAAUUGUGAUGAUGCAAAUGCAUUUUGUAUUCAUUAUUAUUUGGACUGUCAGAACAGCAGCGAUAAAGACAUUCAUUCGCAAAAUAACACUGCUUUGCAGACUCAUCAACGCAUAGCAUUGUAAAGCAUCUAUAUUUAUCAUGAUCAUCUGAAAUACAUCAUAAAAUCGUGUAAAA